AUGGAUGAGGUAUCUGCGACCUCUAACGGUGCGCUUGAAAACACAUCAGAGACGGUCGAGAGUAAAACGGGAUGGUUAUCAAAGCGUACACAUUUCACCUACCGCUGGAAGCCUGCAUGGUUUAAGUUAGGAGAGACUAAACUCUUGUAUGGUGAUAAGGAAGAGGAGACUCGGAAGAGCAUCGACCUCGUAGGUGCCAAGGUUGACGUGAUGGACGGCGAUGGGGUUUUCGGCUGGACCGUAACCCCGAAGGACGGCAAGCGGACGUUCUGCCUGCGGGCCGGCAGCGAGCUGGAGCGGCAGGACUGGAUGCUUGCGAUAUGCCAGGCGCAGCUGCGCGCCAGAGCGCAGCCGUCCAACGCCUGCGUGCUGCAGUAG